AGCCUCUAAAGGCCAUAACAGCAUGCACUUCCUUCUGAGCAGAACGGCCUCGGUAACAAUGUGGAACGUCCGCCCUCUCUAUCAGCUUGUCGCGCGCGUCUGGGGGCAGGGGCCUCGCGCGGCGCGUGCUCCUCGCCCGCGGGCCGUCGUCUCUCCCGUCGCGCCUUCGGAAGUACGGAGGAUGUCAAACUCGUGCGCGUCGGCAAGCAUCCUCAGCAGACCUUCAUGCUGCAAGCCAGCCCGUUGCAGGCGCAGUCGCUCGAAUCGUACUGGUCCACGUCCUGCGGUUCCCCGACCUUGUAAAAGCCGUUGGUGCCGGGAUGACGGAUGCGGUGUUCCUCAAAGGGCCAGAAUACUGGGCUGAGGAUGAGGCCCGCGUGCUUGAGCGAGUUGGGCCCCGUGGCUUCCUUGCUGAAGAUGGCUGUAGCGCCGAACGGGAAGCACAUGCACACCCAGCAGCCCGCGAUCUCGUCCGUCGAGAUCAGGCCGCCCGGCGGGCUAUGGCUUGGAGGACUCGAAUGGCCCGGCUGGGCGGUGGUCGCCGCCGCGCGCGCUCCCGGCGUGCCGCAGCCUGAACA